AAGUCGGCCGGGACGCCACAACCUCUCGUAUGCCAUCCCCCAAAGGCCAACGAUUCCCAGGGGUAGUUUCGUGAUUACCCUGAUUCCGCCAUGGGCAUUCCCUGCGACGACAUCGUCGUUAUCAAGCCGGGGAAGGCUCCUGACGAGCCCUCCGUCCUCACCGUGAACUGUCCCGACAAGGCCGGCCUCGGCUGCGACCUCUGCCGAAUCAUCCUCCAGUUCGGCCUCUCCAUUACCAAAGGAGAUUUCUCGACGGAUGGAAGGUGGUGCUAUAUAGUGCUGUGGGUUGUCCCCCACCACGAAUCCCUGAAGGUCGAUUGGGAGAGGUUGAAGGAUCGGCUCUCGUCCGCGUGCCCGUCGUCGCGCUUCUUCUCGUUUUAUCUCAAUCAAAUCUCCAACGUCCCAACCCCCUCUCCGGUCUAUCUGUUGAAGUUGUGGUGCCAUGACCAGAGAGGCUCACUCCACGAUGUUACCAAAGUGCUCUGUGAGCUUGAAAUUCUGAUUCAGAGAGUGAAAGUGAUGCCGACCCCGGAUGGCCGAGUUUUGGACCUCUUCUUCAUCACAGAUUGCUUGGAGUUGUUACACACAAAACAGAGAAGAGACGACAUAUGUGAGCAUCUGAUGGCUGCUUUAGGAGAGUAUUGCAUCACCUGUGAGCUUAAGUUGCCUGGACCUGAGUAUGAAAGUCUGCAGGGGAAUUCUUCUCUUCCACCAGCCAUUGCUGACGAAUUAUUUAGCUAUCAGCUGAAAGAUGAGGAGGCUUAUCCAAAAGCUCUCACCCGGAACAUGGGAACGGUGAACAAGACCAGUAUUACAGUGGAUAAUUCAUUGAGCCCUGUUCAUACGGUGCUGCAAAUACAGUGUGUUGAUCGGAAUGGCCUCUUUUAUGACAUUAUGAGGACUUCCAAGGACUGCAAUAUUCAGAUUGCUUAUGGUAGAUUCUCGUCACCUGUGAAAGGCUUCCGAAAUUUGGACCUAUUUAUUCAGCAGACAAAUGGAAAAAAGCUUCUUGAUCCUGAAGUUCAGGUUGCAUUGUGUAAUCAUUUAAAGAAGGAGAUGGUUCACCCACUGCGAGUAAUUGUUGCCAACAGGGGCCCAGAAACCGAACUCUUAGUUGCUAAUCCAGUUGAGUUAUCUGGAAAGGGGAGGCCCCUUGUAUUCUACAAUGUUACUCUAGCACUGAAACAAUUGGGAGUAUCUAUUUUUGCGGCUGAAAUUGUAAGGAAUUCAACUUCAGUUUGCCAGUGGGAAAUCUACCGAUUCCUUUUGGAUGAUAGCUGUGAAUUUCCAUUGGUAAGCAAACAAAAUAGGAGUAAUAUUGUAGAGAGAGUUAGAAGAACCCUCAUGGGCUGGUGAGCUGUUACAUUUGCUCCCGUUUUGAGGAUUGCAUCCUCGAAUCUUUCCAUCUUGUAAGUGUGCUGUACAGCAAUUCCGUCCAAAUAGUUAUAGUUAGUUAUCUGCACUAGUGAAGUGUAGAAUCUCUACUGACUAUUUUAGGAGGAAGUUCGUGGUCGUGUACUAAGACUACUGUGAGACUGCAGAACUAUGUUUUAGCUCGCAAGGCUUGCCGGCCUUAAUAUGUAACCUAUGUUUUCUUAAUAUCCGAACAUAUAUGCACUCCGUAUGUUGUAUUUUCAUAUUGAAGUGCUUAUAUCGAAUGGAAAUGUACUCUGGUUUUCGUAGUAA